AUGCAGCACUUGCUCAUCCACCGGAUUCCCAAAGCGUUCCCAAGGCGUUCCCAAGGCGUUCCCAAGGCGUUCCCAAGGCGUUCCCAAGGCGUUCCCAAGGCGUUCCCAAGGCGUUCCCGAGGCGUUCCCGAGGCGUUCCCAAGGCGUUCCCGAGGCGUUCCCGAGGCGUUCCCUAAGCGUUCCCGAGGCGUUCCCGAGGCGUUCCCGAGGCGUUCCCGAGGCGUUCCCGAGGCGUUCCCGAGGCCCCCUGCUGGCUGCUCCUGGCCGGGCACCCCAUGGCCUUACAUCCCCUCCACAGGGCAUCUUGUUUGGGCCGGAGCGCCUGUCCUGCAGCCCAAGGGGAAGUGGACUGGUGCUUCCUCUGCACUGGGGAUGUCCCUGCUGAGAGCUGACAGGAGCCCGGCCCUAAAGGGGACAGUCAGACAUGGGGCAUCUGGGCACCCGCCCUCCUGUCAUGUCCACCUUCCCAUGAGGCCUUUGUGGACGGGACAGCGGUGGCAGGAGAAGCUGAGAAGCCCGUCACAGCAACAGGAAGAAGCCCAGUCACACCUAACUGUCCUGGGACACCCGCACUACCGCUGUCGGACCCCUGGGAGAAUGCCAGCUGACAGCAAGUUCCACAGAGAGAGGUGGAGGAGGAGAGAGGGGGGUCCGCACAGGUGA